AUGUCUUCCACAUCAACAGCACCAGUGGCCACCCCGACGAGUGGAGGCGGUGGAGGCGGAGGCGGAGGUGGCCCGACCAGCUCGCCUUUACUGUUCUUCGUCGCACUCGGCUUCGGUGUUGUCUUCACCAACCUUUGGAUCAUCGUCGGUGUAAAGUAUUGUUUCCGAUACAACCAACGCAACCGGGCUGCUCGCGCCGCCGCAGAUGGAGAGCCAAUUGACCUUACGGCGAUGCCACGGCCGCACAGGAGGAGAAGGGAGAAGAAGUUAAUGACCAUGGAAGAGGUCAACGAGCGUUUCCCGCUGCAGAAAUACAAGCAAUGGAAAGCCGGUCGCGAGAACGAAGGACUACCGGCAUCGGGUGGCAUCGCCACUGCACCCCAGAGUCGAGCCAACAGUAUCAAGGAUGUUGAGGGUGUUGUUGCACCCGUGCAGGAGGGUGCAUCGAGCCCUAAGCCCACCACUGCGCUCAGCAUGGCCCAAGAUGAUCACGCUGCUACGGAUGGGGCUUUGCAAAAGGAGACUAUGUCACCACGCACUAGUCUUACAGUAGGAGAGAAUAAGGAAACCGCAUCUGAGAAUAAGGAGGUGGCCGAAAAGCAUGUCGAACUCGUACAGACGGAAACCGCUGCCAGUCACUACGAACCAGGAAAACCAUCACAGGCUCACGAGCACGAUGGCGAUGACUCGGACGACGACGAUCCCAUUCGAACAGCAGCCGCACCAGAAUUACUGGCAGAGCCUGGUGACACUUGUGCCAUCUGCUUGGAUAGUCUUGAGGACCUGGACGAUGUGAGGGGGCUGACUUGUGGUCAUGCUUUUCACGCUAGCUGCGUUGAUCCGUGGCUCACGAGCCGUCGUGCUUGUUGCCCACUGUGCAAAGCCGACUAUUACGUCCCCAAGCCUCGCCCUGAAGGUGAGACUCUGGAACAGACGUCUUCCGGCCGCCGUUCGAACGCAACUGGACUCAGAUCGCCUACAUCUCCCCCGGCUGCUUGGAACGCGCGUGGCAACCCCUUCUCACGGUCCCGUGUCGUAGCGAUCUCUACUCCUAGCCGGCAAAACAGUAACAGCAAUGCUCGGCAGGGGAUCAGUUUCAGUGCCUUCAACCGGCCCAGCCGUCGAGACCGUACUGCUGCGACCGAUGCUACCACUCCAGUGAACCAAUCUCAACAAGUCUCAGGCUGGAGAGCACGACUUGGAAGGCCCAGUGCACCCAGUAUGCCAAGUUGGUUUGGACGCAAUCGUGGCGGCAAUGCCGACAACAGCGCGACUGCCCAACCUACGCCGGGCCAACUUGAGGCUGGUAAUCGGUAG